GAAAAGCCAUUUUGUUGUGCUAGCUAGCUCACUGGUAGAGAUAGCCACCAAUAACAUGAGUCUGUUAUGUCAACGCUAAUUAUGUCGCUUUUUUGUUUUGGUUUAGUUUUGCAUAAAAGAGUGAUGUCUCUCGUUAAAAGCUGCAAGUAGUCAGUACUGACAUGGAAUUGCCAGCGAAGCUAGAGCGUUGUGAAUAAGACGGAAAGUGGUCGCUGAAGUGUGCUGCAGUUUAGAUAACAGCACUGUUAGCUAGCAGUGUGUUUACUUAGCUGUGGGUAGUUAUGUUUUCUGAUUAACCAGCCCUAUGGUAGUCUAUAUUUACUUUUACAUCUCACUUAAAUAGGCCGCGAACAACUGUGCUUCCAAACCAAAGGCUUGUGGUUCAACAAAGAAACAGUGUUGCUGACUGAACAAGCAGGCGGCAGAACAAUCCAACAGUAAUUUAGCAAAACACUUGAACCAUACUGCGUUAAGCCAAACGCGAUAAUCUGAUAAUGGCAGAGGACACCCGACAGGACAAGAGGACCAGCUUCUCGGCUCUAACAGAGCACAGCACAAACAGGAUGGCCAGGACGUCCGCUGUGGCUUCGGGCAAAACGGGCGCCUCAAAGAAAUUAGUGAUCAAGAAUUUCAAAGACAGGCCAAAACUAGCCGAGAACUACACAGAGGACACGUGGCUGAAGCUUCGGGACGCUGUCGGUGCCAUCCAGAACAGCACCUCCAUCAAAUACAACCUGGAGGAGCUCUAUCAGGCGGUGGAGAAUCUGUGCUCCUAUAAAGUUUCCCCCACGCUGUACAAGCAGCUUCGGCAGGUCUGUGAAGAUCACCGAAUGAAUCGUUGCUGGCAGGACCACUGCAGGCAAACUAUAAUGAUCCGAAGUAUCUUUCUCUUCCUCGAUCGGACCUACGUGCUUCAGAACUCUCUCCUGCCCUCCAUUUGGGACACAGGGUUGGAACUUUUUCGUACCCACAUCGUGAGCGACGGUGCUGUUCAGAAGCGGACGGUUGAAGGCAUCCUGGAGCAGAUAGAAAUGGAGCGUAACGGAGAGACUGUAGACCGCAGCCUGCUCCGAAGUCUUCUGGGCAUGUUGUCCGACCUGCAGGUUUACAAAGACUCCUUUGAGGAGAGAUUUUUGACAGAGACCAACCGUCUCUAUGCCGCCGAAGGACAGCGACUGAUGCAGGAGAGAGACGUACCUGAGUACCUGCAUCAUGUGGCUCGGCGUCUGGAGGAGGAGAACGAUAGAAUCGUGAGCUACCUCGACCAGAGCACUCAGAAACCUUUAAUCAGCUGCAUUGAGAGGCAGCUUUUAGGCGAACACAUGACUGCAAUCCUGCAAAAAGGUCUGAGCAUUCUGCUGGAUGAGAAUCGUAUUACUGAACUAGCCCUCCUCUACCAACUCCUCAGCAAGGUGAAGGGAGGACUAACCACACUGCUGCAGUUCUGGAGGGAUUACAUCAAGUCGUUCGGUGGAGAGAUUGUGUGCACUCCAGAGAAGGACAAGGACAUGGUUCAAGACCUGCUGGACUUCAAGGACAAGAUGGACAACGUGGCACUGAGCUGCUUUGCAAGAAAUGAAGCAUUCAUCAACGCCAUGAAGGAGGCCUUUGAAACUUUUAUUAACAAGAGGCCCAACAAGCCCGCUGAGCUCAUUGCUAAGUAUGUGGAUUCUAAAUUAAGAGCCGGGAACAAAGAGGCAACAGAGGAAGAGCUGGAGAGGAUUCUGGACAAGAUCAUGAUAAUCUUUCGCUUCAUACACGGAAAAGACGUGUUUGAAGCCUUUUAUAAGAAGGACUUGGCCAAGCGUCUGCUGGUUGGCAAGAGUGCCUCUGUUGAUGCUGAGAAGUCCAUGCUCUCUAAACUCAAACACGAAUGCGGAGCGGCAUUUACCAGUAAGCUUGAGGGGAUGUUUAAGGACAUGGAGCUGUCCAAAGACAUCAUGAUCCAGUUCAAGCAGUACAUACAGAACCAGAGUGAUCCGAGCAACAUAGAGCUCACCGUCAACAUCCUCACGAUGGGCUACUGGCCCUCAUACACACCUAUGGAGGUCCACUUGCCCUCAGAGAUGGUCAAACUUCAGGAGGUGUUCAAACUGUUCUACCUGAGUAAGCACAGUGGGAGGAAGCUGCAGUGGCAGCCCACACUGGGCCACGCUGUGCUAAAGGCGGAGUUUAAAGAGGGGAAGAAGGAGCUGCAGGUGUCCCUGUUCCAGACGCUGGUGCUGCUCAUGUUUAACGAGGGAGAGGAAUUCAGCAUGGAGGAGAUCCGCACUGCCACCGGCAUAGAAGAGGGAGAGCUCAGGCGCACGCUGCAGUCUCUGGCAUGCGGAAAAGCACGCGUCCUCAACAAGAACCCCCGAGGGAAAGACGUGGAGGAUGGGGACCGCUUCAAUUUCAACAACGAUUUCAAACACAAACUGUUCCGCAUCAAGAUCAACCAAAUUCAAAUGAAAGAGACGGUUGAGGAGCAGGUAAGCACCACAGAGCGAGUGUUUCAGGACAGGCAGUAUCAGAUUGAUGCAGCUGUUGUGCGCAUCAUGAAGAUGAGGAAAGUCCUCAGUCACAACUUACUGGUAUCUGAGCUCUACAACCAGCUGAAGUUCCCAGUCAAGCCUGGGGAUCUGAAGAAGCGGAUCGAGUCCCUGAUAGAUAGAGACUACAUGGAACGUGACAAGGAGACUCCAAACCAGUAUCACUAUGUUGCCUGAAGGCGCGCCGCUGUCACCGCCGUGCUUUUCUCACAGCAAGCGUACAGCUGGCCCCACAGCACAAGAUCACAGCCACCCCACUCUCCUCUGGUGCCCAUCUUUCCCUCCAUCCUCAGUCCUAGACACAGCGUCCAGAGGACCCAGAGCUCCAGAGAGACGAGAGACUUGGCCGUGCUGUUCCCAUUCUGCAAAAUCUUUAGUGGGACUCUGAGAUUGGGCUGGAGGAGUAGCCCGGGCUGUUGAUGGUUGGUUUAUGUGACUUUAAAAUCCGCUAAUGCAAAACUCAACUGAAAAUAACUAGCACUUUCCGUUUUUUGUUUUUGUUUUGUUUUUGUUUUUCCUGGAAUUGGGUUUGGUUUUUUUCUUCUCCGUCACAUCAUUCUAAAUCACUUAUUUUCUAUCAUAGCUGGUUUGUCAUGAGUUUUAAGUUUUAAUUGUGUAUUUUUUUUUUUGGUUUGAGGCGUUUCUCCCUUUGAAUGGCUGCAUUAGUGCUGGCUGUGAAACCGAUGAGCUGGUCGCUUUUGCUGGUUAGAGAAGCAUUUGUUGAGGAUAAACAAAGAGAGACUUGAGAGUGACGAAGAGGAGCGGAAAGAUCAAGGCUUAUUGUUUGUAACACAGGGCGCAUAAUGAGGUGCAGGCCAGCCACUUGGGUAUUACUUUUGGUAUCUUGUCUGUUUUGACCAAAAUGUCCAAUGUCACGUACCGAUGUUUUUGUAGAUCAGAUUGUAUUGUAUGUAAGAGUGUGAAAAGUGAACCUGAAUAAAUGGAUAUUUAAUGAUUCAAAGAAUGAUUUUGAAUAAGAGACUAGUAAUUUUUUUUAAUGGUUCAGAUGUCUUAGUUUGUUUUUUCCCUGUUAGAUUUUCAAUAUAUUAUUGUUCUUUUGGCUUCAUUUACACACAAGCCUCAAGUCAACUGAUUUAAUUCUGUAAUGUGGUUGUUGGCAAAGGAUAUGUGAGUUUAUACUGGUGAAAAG